GGUCACUCGCGUCACGUGCUCCAAGACUGCUUAGUUGCGGUCGCACGAUCUUGUCCAAUUAGUGCUCUCGCGAGUUAAGUGGCCGGUUCGACUAGUGAGCGACUAGCCGCGGGGCAAAAGAAAAUGAACUAGUGUAAUGUUUAUAUGGAGUUGGAGUGUUAUAGAAUUGUAUAAAACUAUGUAAAAGUUUAAGUGAAGUUUUGUGAAACGACAUAAUGUAUUCUACGUGGUUUGCGAAUGCCUUGCUUGUGCUCAGCACGGCGUUUACCGCUAGGAGUGCAUCACUAUCGGCGACGACAAAUACCCGUUAUCAAGCACCAGAUGAGUGUGGUUGGAUGACAGAUUAUGAUGGUGCUGGAGUGGCUUUGCAAUGUAGAUUAAGAACCAUAAACAGUGAAUUGGAAAACACGAAUUUUAGUGCGAUACAGCCGCAUCCAACAGUAAGAUUGCGAAUCGAAUGCAGUGAUGCUCUGUUCUUCCAAAGUUCGUUAGCUCCCGGCAGUUUCCGGCAGUUGAUAGAACUACGUGAACUAACCAUAGAAUACUGCAAAAUCGGAAACUUGUCGGAUAGUGCAUUUACCGGUUUACGAGAUCUUAGGAAUUUGACAAUCAGAACUCAUAAUACAGAUUGGUCAACAAUGUCACUUGAAAUAACCCCGAGUGCUUUUUCAAGAGAUGUUCAAAAUUUAGAACGACUGGACUUGAGCGAAAAUAAUAUGCUAGUAUUUCCUGAUGGCGCUUUAUGUUCGUUGAGAAAUCUUGAGUAUUUGAAUAUGACAGGUAAUAGAAUGCGAGACAUAAGUCAUUUUCAAUUUUCUACUGCACACCGACAUCCUACAGAAAAAUGCGGUGACAACCUUCUGAUUCUAGACCUAUCGAGGAAUGUUAUUGAUACUUUACCACCGAAUCUAUUAAAUGGGCUAAGACGUCUGCAGAAGUUUUACGUACAAGGCAAUGGAUUAACAUCAGUAGCGGAUAGAUCAUUAGAAGGACUUAUAUCGUUGACGACGAUAAGAUUUUCAGAUAAUCAACUAGCUAGUUUGCCUCCCGAGCUUUUCAGUGAUACGAAAGAAUUAAAAGAAAUAUACUUAAAUAAUAAUACUAUCACAGUAUUAGCACCAGGAUUAUUUAGCGAUUUAGUACAACUCUUAGUACUUGAUCUAUCUUAUAAUGAACUGACUUCGGAUUGGAUAAAUACAUCUACAUUUUCCGGAUUAAAAAGACUUGUAUAUUUGGAUUUCUCCCAUAAUCGUGUGACUAAACUAGAAAUAGCAUUGUUCCGAGAUUUACACAAUUUGCAAAUACUGAAGAUGCAAGAUAAUUUUAUAGAGCACAUACCUGAAAAUGUAUUCGGCUCACUAAGCAAUUUGCACACAUUAACUUUAUCAAACAAUAGAUUAACAAAUAUAGAAAGCCAUGCAUUUACAGGAUUGCAAGCAUUGUCGGUUCUUUCCGUAGAUAGUAAUCGUAUUUCGCGAAUAAAUUCACAAGCACUCCGAAACUGUUCUAAUUUACAAGACUUGCACAUAAACGGUAAUAGACUGGACGAAGUCCCAGAGGCUUUGAAAGAAAUACCACAAUUGAAAACGCUUGACCUAGGCGAGAACUUAAUAGUGAGCAUUGAAAAUGCGUCGUUUAUGACAAUGGAACAAAUGUAUGGAUUGAGACUAACUGAAAAUAAUAUCGGAAAUAUAAGUAAAGGAGUAUUUGACAGGAUGACGUCACUGAAAAUUUUAAAUUUAUCGAGAAACAAAAUACAUAAGAUUGAAGCCGGCUCGUUUGAUGGCAAUAUCAAUUUACAAGCAAUAAGGCUAGACGGAAAUUAUUUAACGGAUAUCGGAGGGCUCUUCGCUAAGUUACCUAAUUUGGUAUGGUUGAAUAUCUCUGAUAAUCGACUAGAAUGGUUCGACUAUGCCAUGAUUCCUACUGGAUUGCAGUGGUUGGACAUACAUGCGAACAGGAUUGCUGAACUUGGAAAUUACUUCGAGAUCGAAUCGCAACUGUCUCUCAGCACUUUCGAUGCAAGUUCUAAUAAACUGACUGAAAUAACUGGAAGUGCGAUACCUAACUCUGUGCAAAUGCUAUACUUAAACGAUAAUCUUAUUUCAAAAGUGCAAUCCUACACUUUCUUUAAGAAACCUAAUCUGACGCGUGUUGAUUUGUACGGUAAUAAAAUAACGAGCUUAGAUCCGAAUUCUUUAAGAAUAUCGGCCGUCCCGCAAGACAAAUCAGUGCCAGAGUUUUUUAUAGGUGGAAAUCCAUUAGAAUGUGAUUGUACAAUGGAAUGGCUGCAAAAAAUUAAUACCGGAAACAGAGCAAGAACACAGCCCAAGUUAAUGGAUUUGGAUAGCAUACACUGCAAAUUACUUUACAGUCGUGGAAAUGCUUUUGUGCCACUGAUUGAAGCGGCUCCUCACCAGUUUCUCUGUAAAUACGAGUCACAUUGCCAUGCUCUUUGUCAUUGUUGUGAUUUUGAUGCCUGCGACUGUGAAAUGACGUGCCCAAAUAACUGUACGUGUUAUCACGACCCGUCGUGGUCUGCUAAUGUCGUUGAAUGCUCGAAUGCUGGUUACACGAAUGAUUUACCUGAGAAAAUACCAAUGGAGGCCACCGAGCUGUAUCUUGACGGGAAUAGUAUUAAAGAACUCCCAAGUCACGCGUUUAUCGGAAGAAAAAAAUUAAAAAUUCUAUUUUUGAAUGCAUCUCACAUAGAAAUUGUACACAAUAGAACAUUUAACGGAUUAAAAGAGUUGGAAGUACUUCAUCUAGAUCACAAUAGCGUGACAUCUAUUGAAGGUCAAGAAUUUAAUGGCUUAGAUAAUUUACGUGAACUGUAUUUGAACAACAAUAAGAUCAAAAACAUAGGAAAGGAAAUGUUUAAUCAUAUGUCAAGGUUAAGGAUAUUACAUUUACACCGUAAUUAUUUAAUAUCAUUAUCAGUAUGGCAAAUCAAUCCGGCGAUAACUGAAAUAACACUUUCAUACAAUCCAUGGUCAUGUGAUUGUGAAUAUACAGAAAUGUUCCGGGAAUGGACAAAACGAGUGAGUUCAGUUACAGAUUUGUCAAAUAUACAAUGCGUUUACACUCAAGGAAAUACUUCUAAUAUUCUGGUAUUGAAUGACACUAUCUUUGACGAUCCUAGUUCUGGAUUUAAAAUAGCCUACGAAAAUGGUACACUGUGCACGGGAUUGCCAAGCAUCAACAACAGUAUUAACGGCAACCUCACUGCCACGCGUACAAUAAUAACAAAUGAAGAUGUGCAAGAUUACAUACCGCUUCUUAUCGCAACACUUGGAGGAUUUUUAUUGGUAUUAAUAUUAAGCGUUAUGUUAUUCAUAUACAGGCAAGAAAUGAGAGUAUGGUGUCAUUCAAGAUUCGGAGUACGGUUAUUCUACAGAGCUAGUGACUUGGAGGAUUCGGAAAAAAUGUAUGACGCUUUUGUGUGCUACAGCUCCAAAGACGAGGCUUGGGUAACUGAGGAACUCGCUUCGAGCUUGGAACGUGGAGACCCUUCUUAUAAGCUUUGUCUACACUACCGUGACGUGGGCGGCCACGUUACUGACAAGAUAAGACAAGCCGUGGAAUCAUCCCGGCGUACUAUUAUGAUCCUUAGUGAAAAUUUUUUGAGAUCUGAGUGGGUUCGCUAUGAACUAAAAUCUGCUAUGACCCAUGUGUUAAGAGACCGACGGAAAAGACUGAUCGUAGUGUUAUUAGGACAAGUGUCACAAAAAGACUUAGACCAAGAUCUAAGACUUUACAUAAAAACUAACAAGUGUUUAAAUGCUAACGAUAGACUAUUUUGGGAGAAGUUGAAGUUUGCACUACCGGACGUUAGAUAUAACCAGCGGUGUCGAGGCAUGCCGAGUCCGAAUUCUGGUGGCGGCAUGCCCAUGCACCGACAUCAUCAUCCGAGGAACCACUUGGGCAUGUUGCCACCGCCACCGGUGCACGGCGCCCAUCCCGUGCUUCCACCACAUCCGUCUCACGCUUCGCACCAGUUACCGCCCCGAGCCUCACCACGCACCAUGUCCGUCCAUGUGUAAUGUGCGACCUCAAAACAUUAUUUCAGUGAUAUAUAACCAUAGUGUUGUGUUAAAACGUGAUGACUAGUCGGUAAACUCUUUUGUAAAUAACUGUAAUAUUAAAAGCAGUGCUGUAAAUAUUGAAAUAAUUGUAGGUGUGCGUAUCGAUAAGUGUAAAUUAUAUGUAUAAUUAUUACAUUACUGAAUGCCAUUUUCAUAGUAUUGUAUGUAAUUUAGCUAGUUUUCGCUGUAACGUUGUGUACAUACGGCUGUUUGCCCGGCAAACUCGCCAACAACUAUUAAUUUUAAUUAAAUGGCAUCACUGCCUAUGUCUGUGAUAAUAUUAGUGUAAGAAACUAUCAUUUUGAUAUCCCAUCAAUGUAUAUUUUGUAACUUAGUCAUAUCUAAAAGAAUAUUUAUUGUAAAAAUUCAAAAAAAAUUGACUGUGCCCAAAAGUGAU